CCAGCGCCGACCCCCGGCGCCGCGUUUUCAGAGUCCGUUAGGGACUGCUCACUCGCCUGUUGCCCCGCUGCAGGAGUAGCACCAUGGAGGAGGCUGGCAUACCCCAUGAAUCAGUAGAAGACUUGUUUCAUUUCAACGUUGGGGGCUGGCAUUUCUCAGUUCCCAGAAGCAAACUUGCCCAGUUCCCAGACUCUUUGCUAUGGAAAGAGGCUUCAGCAUUGACCGCUUCAGAAAACCAGAGGCUGUUCAUAGACAGAGAUGGCUCCACAUUUAGGCACGUGCACUAUUACCUCUACACCUCUAAGCUCUCCUUCUCCAGUUGUGCAGAACUGAACUUGCUGUAUGAGCAGGCACUGGGUUUGCAGCUGAUGCCUUUGCUUCAGACUCUAGAUAAUCUGAAGGAAGGGAAACACCACCUUCGCGUACGACCUGCAGACAUACCUGUUGCUGAGAGAGCAUCUUUGAACUACUGGAGGACAUGGAAAUGUAUCAGCAAACCCUCCGAGUUUCCAAUAAAAAGCCCCGCCUUCACAGGCCUUCAUGAUAAGGCACCUUUGGGGCUCAUGGACACACCACUGUUAGACACAGAAGAGGAAGUGCACUACUGCUUCCUGCCUCUAGACCUGGUAGCCAAGUAUCCGAGCCUGGUGACUGAGGACAACCUGCUGUGGCUGGCUGAGACCAUGGCCCUGAUUGAGUGUGAAUGCAGCGAAUUCCGCUUUAUUGUGAAUUUUCUUCGCUCACACAAGAUUUUACUGCCGGAUAAUUUCUCCAACAUAGAUGUGUUAGAAGCAGAAGUGGAAAUUUUGGAAAUCCCCGAGCUCACAGAAGCCGUACGAUUGUGCCGGAUGAACAUGGGUGGUUGUUCCCGAACCUCCUGUCCUCCCCCAAGCCCUGGAAAGGGGGGACGUGCAGCUGGCCUAGAGUCUGUGAAGCCUCUGUACAUGAUGGCACUGGGUCUUCUGGUCAAGUAUCCAGACUCUGCACUGGGACAGCUCCGCAUUGAGAGCACACUGGAUGGAAGCAGACUGUACAUCACGGGGAAUGGGGUUCUCUUCCAGCACGUCAAGAACUGGCUGGGGACUUGCCGCCUGCCACUGACAGAGACCAUUUCUGAAGUGUACGAGCUCUGUGCCUUCCUGGACAAGAGAGACAUCACCUAUGAGCCAAUGAAAGUGGCUCUGAAAACUCAUCUGGAGCCAAGGACUGUGUCACCCCCGGAUGUGCUCAAUGAGUGGACGGCGGAGAUCACUGUGUAUUCCCCCCAACAGAUCAUCAAGGUUUAUGUUGGAAGUCACUGGUACGCAACCACCCUGCAGACCCUGUUGAAGUAUCCAGAGCUUCUGUCAAACCCUCAGAGAGUGUACUGGAUCACAUAUGGACAGACCCUGCUCAUCCACGGGGAUGGCCAAAUGUUCCGACAUAUUCUCAACUUCCUGAGACUUGGAAAACUCUUUUUGCCAUCUGAAUUUAAGGAAUGGCCUCUUUUCUGCCAGGAGGUGGAGGAAUACCACAUUCCAUCCCUCUCAGAAGCCCUUGCACAAUGUGAGGCAUACAAAGCAUGGAUCCAGGAGAAAGAAUCUGAAAAUGAAGAAGCUUUUCCCAUCGGGAAGCUACAUGUAGUGACGGAAGGGCCAGGGUCACUGGUGGAGUUCAGUAGAGAUGCUAAGGAAACUGCAGCCUGCAUGCCUGUGGACUUUCAAGACUGCAGUGACAAGACUUCAUGGAACAAGACCAAGGGGAACCUGGCCAGAUCUAGCCAAUUAGAAGAGACUGAGCAGUACACCCGUACCAUCCAGGUCUCCCUAUGUCGAAAUGCCAAGAGAGCAGAGAGUUCCAGCACAUAUUCACAGUGCUCGGGCUUGUGUGCCAACCCCAGACACUGGGGGAACCACUCUGAGAGCCCUCCCAAAAAGAAGUGUACCACAAUCAACCUGACACCGAAAUCUGAAACCAAAGACCCUCCUGUCACCCCUAUGCAAAAACUCAUCUCUCUGGUGAGGGAAUGGGACAUGGUUAAUUGCAAACAGUGGGAAUUUCAGCCACUGACAGCCCCCCGGAACAGCUCCUUGGAGGAGACUGCCCUACAUCUCACCCCAGGAAAUGAGGCUACUUCUGAGCCCAACACCUCAGCUGCCUGGAAAGGUCAUUCCAUAGCCUCAGAGAAGGAUCCUGGUUCCCAGGCAGGGGCUGCAAUGGCAGCACAAGACAAGGGGACAGAACCAACCUUUAAGUCGUAUUUCCCUACAAAAAGAGCUGUGGCCCUGAAGGACUGGGGCAAGCAGAAGCCAAAAGAGAGAGAAAGCCCUGCUCCUGAACAGCCUCUGCUUAAUGCCAGUGAGAUGGACAAUCCAGGAGUCAUCCUCAAAGUGACUCACCCUCCUGUGGUGGGUAGCGAUGGCUCCUGCAUGUUCUUUGAGGACAGCAUCAUCUACACCACACAGAUGGACAACCUUAGACACACGUCAUUGGCAGCUAGCCCCCAGCCCCGAGAGGUGACUUUCCUGAGUUUCUCUCUGUCCUGGGAAGAGAUGUUUUAUGCACAGAAAUGUCACCGCUUCCUGACUGACAUCAUCCUGGAUUCUAUCAGGCAAAAGGACCCCAAAACCAUCACAGCCAAAGUGGUUUCACUGGCCAGUGGGCUAUGGACACUACACAUCAGCCCCAAGCAGUUUGUGGUGGAUUUGCUGGCUAUCACAGGCUUCAAGGAUGACCGACACACCCAGGAGCGCCUUUACAGCUGGGUGGAGGUGAGGCUCACCUGUACCCCUCGGAAUGGCAAGCUCAUGCAUACCUCAGACGGACAGUCUUGCUGCAUGAGGGCUAGUACAGCAAUGUCCAGAAGGCUAAGAGGCAGGCAACCAGGCCACUGGCCCUGGUCCCAGGGAGGGAGAAAUCAUAGCUGAAUUAAUCAAUGCAGAGUAGUCAAAAAGUAACAUUCAGGCAACUGGUCUUUGUAGUUUUCCUCCGAAGAUAACAACUGUGCCUUUAUCCCUUAACUACUUUGGCCACACUUGAAGAAGCAUGGUAUGAAUCCAAGGCUUGCAUUUACAGGAGUCAGACCUUUUCUAGCAGUGUACUUCACCUCCUUAGCUAUUA